AUGGGGGAGACCUCCCACUUGUGCAAGGCUGACCUCCUCCGCACCAUCCCUGACGACGACGGGGCCGAUGGCCUCCAGAGGGGGGAAACGCCCGUGAUCCCGAUGAGGGGCGGGUCGGUGUUGGUGUCCCGAGAUGACGCUCCUGCUCUGACGUCGCCUGGGGCUGCUUCUGGCCCGUCUGCUGCUCCUCCCUCUGCCCCUGGAGCUCGUGCGCCCGCACCCCAGGCUGGGAGGCUCUCGGGCUUCAAGCUUAGCAAGAGGAGGGUGGACUACACCGCGGUGGACCAGCCGACACCUGCGGCGAAGAAGAGGAAGGAGGAGGCGGUGGUGCUGCUCGGGACCAAUCCGCCCACUCCGGCUGCAUCUUCCUCUGUGGAGAAGGUCAGCGUUGGCGCUCAUGUCUCUCCGGCUCAGUCGCCGUCACAAGGCCUGGGGAAGGAUCCUCGGGAGGAGUCAGCCCCCGUGGCCCCGCUGGCUCCGGAGUCACCUGUGUCCGGCUCGGCUGUUGAGGUCUCCAAGGCUCAGGAGCCCCCAGUCUCCCAGGCUGUGGUGACGAUACCUUCUCCUCCUCCUCCCGCUGCACCACUGAUUCCAGUACCUUCCGCCUCUCCUGACGUCUUGGAGCGCGCCCUUUUGGAGAUGGCCCAGCUGCGAGAAGAUCUCCGGGACGCCGACUCCCACCUGGUAGUCGGGCGCCUGGAGCUGGUCUCUGGCUGGCUUCAUUCUGACGUGUCUGUUCGAGCGACGCUAAACCAGGCCGCGGCGAUCUCCGAGAAGGAGAAGAGGCCGCCGCCCAAGCCACAGCUGCUCGUGAAGUGGCGCUGA